UGUUGGGAUUACAGUCGUGAGCCACUGCGCCGGGCUUCAGUGGUUUUUAGUAUAUUCACAGGGUUGUGCAGCCGUUGCCUACUUUGGACAUUCUGUAGAAAUGCAGUUAGACAGUAUGUGUUUUCUGUGCCCAGCCGCUCUCACUCAGCAUCAUGUUUUCAUUCAUGUUGUAGCGUGUAUCAAUCAAGGUGGAUGUUCCACAUUGUAUGUAUUCAUUAGUCCAUUGAUAGACAUUUGGGUUGUUUCUCCUUUUCGGCUGUUGUGUGGUAAUGCUGCUGUGAACAUUCAUGUGCAGGUUUUUGUGUGGACAUGCGUUUUCACUUCUGUUGGGAAUAUACCUCGUCGUUUAUAUCCUCUUUUGUUGCUUCUUUUACCUGUGGUUCAGGCUCCCAUUUAUGCUUGUACAGACACUUUGCUACUUGUAACUGGGGCUUGUUUGACCUUUGUUGCUGACCUAGUGACUUCUUGUGUCAUGUUUAAAGCCCCUGAAACCCUCUGUUGCCUAGAGAGACAGGCAGAAUUGCAGUCUGUUUCCUUCCUAAGACCAGAUCACAUCUGGUGGUCAUGAAAUGGUCUUAUCAAAUAAGUACCUGUAAGAUAAUUGGUAAAUAAGUAUGUAUCUAAGCCAAAUAGAUUGUGUGUGUGUUUUAGAUUGUUUUUCUUCUCUGUGCUUUCUCUUAGGGACAUCCUUUGUUCUGUGGCCCCAGUGGCACCUAGAGUGACGACUAUGAAUGAUUUGUCUCUGUUUUCCCUUCAGGCAGAAUACUGCUGGCUUGGAUUUUUUUCUUGUUAAUUUUGGUGACUUAGUUGCCUGUUUGAAGUGAUAAGUACCUUCAGAUAGUAGUGAUGCUCUUUAGCAUUUUAAGUGUCCAAAUGAGACCUAUUGGGAUGUUUCCAUAAUUUGCAUCAAAUUCAUGUAAACGUACAUUAAUGAUAUUAGCUAGUCUGCAUGAGCUAAAGUAUCAAUUUCAUUACUAGUAUUUAAUAAAGGGGCAGGAUUAGCCAUGGCCAUUCUAGUUAAUGGUAAGAGCCCUGUAGGUCUCUCAUCAUAUAUUUAAGCUGAAUUAAGCUUGGAAAUAUAACUGAGUGCGUUGUGGCUAUAUUUGGUAACAGUCAUGCCUUACAUUUUGAGAUAGCUUAUACUUUUUCACACCAGUUGACUCAUUGUAAAUUAUGAGUAGAUGUGAUUCGCUUCCUGCAGAGAGCAAAUGCAUUCAGUCCACUGAAAAUCAGCUUCAUGAGGUUUGUAGGACAGGCCUUACUCCUUUCUUAGACAAGGAAUCUGAGAUCCAGAAAGAGUGAGCGGUUGAUUGGGAGGAGUCAGUGCCAGAGGGAGGCAGCGUGCCCUUUCUGCUCUGCCUACGCUGUGAGGACACCAGGCCGUGCCUUCACCAGGAGGAAGUCAUGCCAAGUCCAAAGCAUCAGGCCGCUCAGAGCCAAGCAGCUUUGCUGGAGCACCCACUGGUGCCCUUAGAAAGUGAUUUCUCCUGUUGAAACCUCGCUGCCACCUCACCUGGAAACAAGACAGUAGGAAGCCACCCCCCCAGGUAUGUGGGGACCCGGCACCCGUGCGCCGAACCUCACUGUCCUUGGUCAGAUUGUUGAGUUGGGCGGCAAUUGGAAGGGUCCUCUGGCAUGCUCCUCUGGGGACCUUCUGCCACCCCUGGAGACAGCUCGCGCCCCUGCCCAUCUCUCCCCACCAGUGCACACUCCCCCCAGCCCUGGCCCAGCUGCGGGGCCCUCCCCAGUAGGCUCUGGCUGUUCCAGGAGGCAUGAGAGUGUUGCCGUGGGACCUGCCCACUGCUCGACAUCCCCCAGGGAGAGCCUGCUCAGGCCACGCACGGGCUUCUGGCCAGACAGAUCAGUGGGGAAGAGUUCCCCUGCAGCGCUGCUGCCAGCGGGGGCUAGUGAGGGUGGCACUGCCACGGAGAACACGCCUUGAUCUCUGACUUGAAAGGCAGCAUUCUUCUGGAACUUCUGUGGGGAGUGCCCAGAGUGGCACCUAAAUGUCCAGAAGCGUUUGAUGAAAGUUCAUCUGAGGCUUUUAAACUGCUCGAGUGAGUCUUUCUGAAGCGCAGUGAUGGCAAAAGGAAACCACCUCGAGCUGCCUACCUGCGCAUUCUCUCCUCGGCUCCCGUGGGCUGUGAGGUGUUCCCUGUCAGGAAUUUACGCGGAAGCGUGUCUGCUGUGGCCGAAUGUGUUCAUUCAUUCAUAGCUCACGGUAAGAGGGAGGGAUGGGGGAGGAAGACUGCAGUAUUUCCUUAAAAGUUUUUCCGUAACUCGAAUCCCUCCCAUCCCCGUGAGGUAACAUCAUCUUUUCCAGUUGGCGACAGUGAACUCUGUUUUGGGUACCUACAAAAGCAGAAGGGGUGGGUAGGUUGUGGCCGGAGGAGGCUGGUGCCUGGGUGUGGAUCCUGGCUCUUCCGCUUGAACUCACUGUGCCUCAGCGUCCUUGUGUGUCGGAUGGAGCCGCCUCACAGGAGCAAGCGAGUUGUGUGUGUGGAGCAGGUGGCUGAUGUGCGGCGAGUCCUCCAGGAAUGCGGCCGCAGCAGGAGCACUUUGGGCACCGCAGAUACAGCCCUGACCACGCUGCAGGGCUUCCGUGCGGGGCCACUGCACAUCCACCGCUUCAAGACAGCAUGGGAGCUGCCGGAGGUGGGGGGCUGGCUCAGGAAAAGGGCCUUGCUGCCAGGGGUGGGAAGGCAGUCAGUGAAGACUUCCUGGAGGAGCCUGAGAUGAGAAGUAGUUAGGUAGCCAGAGACAAGGCAAAGAAGGGCCAUUUUCCUCAGAGAACAGCAUAGCAUUGGCAGAGGUCCGACAUGUCAUUUCCUAUUGCAGAAUUGGGGAGUGCCCAGUAGGUUCUUUCGUUUGUUUGUUCAUUCAUCCAGUCUUUCACCUCACACCUGUUCAGGGUCCGGCUGGGCUCUGGACAUGGGGUGGAAGAUAGCCAUCUGAGCAGAGGCUGCUUGGACUGUCACCUUUGUUGGGGUUGCCAUGGGUGCCAGAGGACAGCUGUUACUUAUGGGUGGCAGCGUGGUGGGGUGGCACAGCACAGAGCUGCCCUGCUGUGCUCACACCCGGUGCCUCCCUGCGGUCACCACGUGCCUUGGGCAAGUGUAGGCCUCAGGUCCCAGAUGCCAGUUUCUGUCAGUGGUGGUGGUGGUGGCCAUACCCGCUCUGGUCUGCUGUGAGGGAGGGACGGGCUCCAGCCACAAACAUUUACCUUGCAGAGGACCUCCUGCACCUGCUGAGAAUGGGCACGGCCAUCUGGAGGAUGUUCUCCCCUUGGCCCUCCCUGUUCCAGCCAAGUCCACAGCCUUCAGCUCCUUUUAUAAGUAUUCCUUUCUCACAGAGCCUUGUCCUGGAGCUGCAGAUGGGCCCUGGUUCUGCCUCCCAUGCGGUGCCGGUCCUCCUCCACCAUGCACGAUGGUGUGUUUCCCGUUAUUCUUCCUCCUUAUACAUAUAGCCUGAAGGCAAUUUUGUGUUCAGUUUAAAAAGUAUUUUGUACAUGAAAUAAAGUUUUGACUGUGACCUGUCACGUGAGGUCAUUUGGGGAAUUUCUUCUUGUGAUGGUAUGUAGGUACUCAGAAAGUUUCAGAUUUUGGGGCAGUUUGGAUUUUUGGAUUAGGGUUGCUCAACUUGAAUGUCCUUUUAUCUACAGCAUAUGGUCAGUGCUCACUAAACGUAUUGCAUGAAUGAAUGAAAACCAAAGUCAUUUAGUAAGCAUGUUACUAUUUCAGAAGUCUCUUUUCUGAAAUUGAUUAUAUGGUCAAUGGUUCAAAAUUUCAAGUGCUCUGACCACAUAAUGGUUAUUACCAUACUGUGAAGGUAGCUGAGUGUUCAGUGAUUGCUGCCCACAGAGGACCUGGAAGUGCUUGCUGUACUUGCAUGUUUUGGAAUGGAAAUCAUGGCUCAUUCCCAAGAGCCCCUCAGCAGGGGCUCUGAGCCUGGUGCUAAGCAGCAGAUGUGCAGAUUCCUGCAGGGCGUACCUGAGCACUGAGAGGGGGCGUCAUAUACACAUCACACUCGUUUCCGCAUCCCUACCCCACACAGCCAGUGGUCACAGCCAUCCUCCAGUAAAAACCACAAAGCAGUCAACCUUUAGGAAACAGGUAGGAAAUCUAGAAAAAGCCUCAGGUGUUUACAGCAUUUUUAAAGGUUGUUAAAAAAAAAUCUUUGUGAUUGGAAAGCCUGCUUCCUGUGCCAGGGAGACUCUCUCCAGCGCUUUUGCUUCUGAGGUUGGUAGCUUUCAGAAAGACUGCAAUGCAGCGGUUACCAAAGUCCUUGUUAAUAUGGAAACAACCCGUGGUGAAGCCUUUUGCUCCCCUUCACAACUGCUGACUGCUGCCUGCAGUCUGAAGGAGGAGUUAAUGAAGGCAGUGAUCCUCCGGACCUGGCAGUUUAGUGAUUAGAACGUGCGCGAUUCUGUGAAUGCUGUGGCUGGCGCAGGCAUGUCCUGCAGCAGCUCUGUCAAGUUACUGAUGCAGUCGGCUUCUUCCUGGGAACGCGAAGCCGAAGAUGUCUUUGCAGUUUGUGCACAAUAAUUUUGUUUUCAUCUCUCUGUUCAGAUGACGGAUUAUAAGAAGGUAACGGACUUUAGAAAUCAUGCAUAUAUGUAUUUUAAGUGUUUAUGAAUAUCCCUAGCCAAGGUAAUGAAUUAUGAUUGAAUAGAUCUCUUUCGAACCUAAGAAAUAAAAGUUUAUUUCUUGUUAAUGACAGUUUUGACAAUUGAAGAGUUAUCUUAUUUCAUAUUGACAGAUGCCCUCUAAGGGAAUUAUUGAAGAUGUUCUUUGAAGAGAUCUGCUUUCUCUUGGAUUUGCUAAACAUAGUUGAAUUUCAGAGAUGUAGAUACAGAUAUUUUGUUUCUUUAACUUAAGCAAGGACAGUUUCAUUAAUCUGGAUGGAACUUUUCAUCUUACAAAAUCUCAACCACCAGCUGUAGAUGAUGAAUUCUAAUCUCCUUAGUUCUUAUUUUGCCUUCAGAAGAGCAUUUUCGGAUGUGUGGAGCUUUGUGCUUAUCCAUGGGGUGAGCUGGGUGCUACCUCCAGCUGCUGCUCUUUGUUUAUCUUAGAGGGAGUCCAAGAGUCAGAGCUGAGAUUUAUUUUGCAAUGAAUUAGUGGCCCCAAACUGUAUUAAAUGCAUUAUGGGUGGUAAUUUAUAUGUCCAAUGCCAAGAAAUAUAAUGUUGGGGUUACCAUGGCAACUGCUUGCAUUCUGAAAAGCUUGUGAAUGGGUUCUGAACCUUCUGGCAUUGGAAGUGAGCUUUCCUAGCCGAGAGCCUGCAUUCGUGAUUUGUGUAAAUAAAUUUGGCUUUCCAUAUGAAGCACAUCCUUUCUCUUCGUUUACCAGAGUAGCCCGUUGAGCUCAGUUCUUUCUCUGGCAACGUCUGCCUUGGUGUCUUGCUUCCUGGCAACAGACUAUGGUUGAGACAUAGUUUUCAACUUCAGGCCGAGGAACUAGCCUGUGUGUGUGUGCUGGCCUGCCACCUCAGUCUGCAGGCUGUGAAGAAGGGGGCUGGCUCAUCGUGCCUCCCGAGGCCUAGCAAUGCAUGAGGUCUCCAAAAGCACAGUUGCAGCCCCAUGUGCUGGGGGGGUCCUGGCACAGCUUUCUGUUCAUCCAAAGGGUUUGUUUCCAGUAACACACAUGCUAGGGCUCUUCCUGGGAGGCAGCCCUGCCUGUUUCCAGGAUAUCAUGGGGAUUCGUUUUGGGGAUGGAGGCCCAGGUUAUAAAGACCCAUGUUUAAAAUGUCAAGCUUAUGAAAAUAAUAAACGAGGGCCUAUUGUCUUCAUUGCCGAAGGUCUGUUUGCUGUUGGUUAGAAAUAUAUGUAGCAUAGGCCGGGCAUGGUAGCUCAUGCCUGUAAUCCCAGCACUUUGAGAGACCAAGGCAGGAGGAUUGCUGGAGUCCAGGAAUCCAAGACCAUUCAGGGCAAAAUAGCGAGACCUCAUCUCUAGAGAAAAAUAAAAUAAAGAAAACUAGUCUCCCUCGUGGAUUUAAAACAAUGUUGAUGUCUUGAUUGCCUGGGACUGAAAUGUCUGUGAUUUCAGGGGCCUGAGGUUGGAAGGUUGGAGCCUGGUGUUGCUGCCAAGGUGGCAGCUCCUAGAGGGCCUGGCUAGGCUCUGGGAGAAUGUUUUCACCCUCUGUGGAAUUCAUUCUCUUUGUUAAUAAAUAUUCAGAUUAUAGAGUUUAAAUGUCGAGCUUGAAGAUAGACUGGCCUUCAGGCACACAGUGGGCAUGUUGCUGUGGCUCACCUGUAGGCCUCAGUUACGAAUCUUUGUCUAAUCCAAUCCCUUUAUUUUACAGAUGAGGAAAAUGAGGCCCAAAGAAGUAAUGCCACUUGGUUAAGGUCCCAGAGCAGGUCAGAAUCAGAUCUAGGAUCAGAAACCUGGCUCCUGGCUCCUGGCUCUCUACUCUUCUAAGGAUCGCUGUCCUGACAGAAGCGGUAAGGGACUCUACUGCAGUAAUUAAAGAAGGAUAAGGUUGGCGUUGCUUCGCUUCUUUUUUUAUUGAAGUCCUUCCUGAUCAAGCGUCCAUAUUUCUCCUUAAAGCAUAUGACACACAGCAGAACACCUCCUUCCUAAAAUGGAGUCGAGUAAGAAGAUGGACUCCCCUGGCACGCUGCAGACCAACCCGCCGCUGAAGCUGCACACUGACCGCAGUGCAGGGACGCCGAUUUUUGUCCCUGAGCAAGGAGGUUACAAGGAGAAGUUUGUGAAGGCCGUAGAAGACAAGUACAAGUGUGAGAAGUGCCGCCUGGUGCUGUGCAGCCCGAAGCAGACCGAGUGUGGCCACCGCUUCUGCGAGAGCUGCAUGGCUGCCCUGCUGAGCUCCUCAAGUCCAAAAUGUACCGCGUGUCAAGAGAGCAUCGUUAAAGAUAAGGUGUUUAAGGAUAAUUGCUGUAAGAGAGAAAUUCUAGCUCUUCAGAUCUACUGUCGGAAUGAAAGCCGAGGUUGUGCAGAGCAGUUAACACUGGGACAUCUGUUGGUGCAUUUAAAAAAUGAUUGCCAGUUUGAAGAACUUCCAUGUGUGCGUGCUGACUGCAAAGAAAAGGUCUUGAGGAAAGACCUUCGAGACCACGUGGAAAAAGCAUGUAAAUACCGGGAAGCCACGUGCAGCCACUGCAAGAGUCAGGUUCCGAUGAUCACGCUGCAGAAACAUGAAGACACGGACUGUCCCUGUGUGGUGGUGUCCUGCCCUCACAAGUGCAGCGUCCAGACUCUCCUGAGGAGCGAGUUGAGUGCACACUUGUCAGAGUGUGUCAAUGCCCCCAGCACCUGUAGUUUUAAGCGCUAUGGCUGCGUUUUUCAGGGGACAAACCAGCAGAUCAAGGCCCACGAGGCCAGCUCUGCCGUGCAGCACGUCAACCUGCUGAAGGAGUGGAGCAACUCGCUGGAGAAGAAGGUUUCCUUGCUGCAGAAUGAAAGUGUAGAAAAAAACAAGAGCAUACAAAGUUUGCACAAUCAGAUAUGUAGCUUUGAAAUUGAAAUUGAGAGACAAAAGGAAAUGCUUCGAAAUAAUGAAUCCAAAAUCCUUCAUUUACAGCGAGUGAUAGACAGCCAAGCAGAGAAACUGAAGGAGCUCGACAAGGAGAUCCGGCCCUUCCGGCAGAACUGGGAGGAAGCAGACAGCAUGAAGAGCAGUGUGGAGUCCCUCCAGAACCGCGUGACCGAGUUGGAGAGCGUGGACAAGAGCGCAGGGCAGGUGGCUCGGAACACAGGCCUGCUGGAGUCCCAGCUGAGCCGGCACGACCAGAUGCUGAGCGUGCACGACAUCCGUCUGGCCGACAUGGACCUGCGCUUCCAGGUCCUGGAGACCGCCAGCUACAACGGCGUGCUCAUCUGGAAGAUUCGCGACUACAAACGGCGGAAGCAGGAGGCCGUCAUGGGGAAGACCCUGUCCCUCUACAGCCAGCCUUUCUACACUGGCUACUUUGGCUAUAAGAUGUGCGCCAGGGUCUACCUGAACGGGGACGGGAUGGGAAAGGGGACGCACUUGUCUCUGUUUUUUGUCAUCAUGCGUGGAGAAUAUGAUGCCCUGCUUCCUUGGCCGUUUAAGCAGAAAGUGACUCUCAUGUUGAUGGAUCAGGGGUCCUCUCGGCGUCACCUGGGAGACGCGUUCAAGCCCGACCCCAACAGCAGCAGCUUCAAGAAGCCCACUGGAGAGAUGAACAUCGCCUCUGGCUGCCCGGUCUUUGUGGCCCAAACUGUUCUAGAAAAUGGGACAUAUAUUAAAGAUGAUACAAUUUUUAUUAAAGUCAUAGUGGAUACUUCGGAUCUGCCCGAUCCCUGACAAGUAGCUGGGGAGGUGGAUUUAGCAGAAGGCAACUCCUCUGGGGGAUUUGAACCGGUCUGUCUUCACCGAGGUCCUCGCGCUCAGAAAAGGACCUUGUGGGACGGAGGAAGCGGCAGAAGGCGGACGCGCGCCGGCGGGAGGAGCCAUGCGUGAGCACACCCGACACGUUUUCUAAUAGACUAGCCACACUUCACUCUGAAGAAUUAUUUAUCCUUCAACGAGAUAAAUACUGCUGUCAGAGAAGGUUUUCAUUUUCAUUUUUAAAGAUCUAGUUAAUUAAGGUGGAAAACAUAUAUGCUAAACAAAAGAAACAUGAUUUUCUUCCUUAAACUUGAACACAAAACACACACACACACACACACACACACACACACACACACACGUGGGCAUAGCUGGACAUGUCAGCAUGUUAAGUAAAAGGAGAAUUUAUGAAAUAGUAAUGCAAUUCUGAUAUCUUCUUUCUAAAAUUCAAGAGUGCAAUCUUGUUUCAAAUACAGUAUAUUGUCUAUU